GCAUAAGGAUGAAAUGUUUUUGUAAACAAACAUGGAAGGUGUUUUGGACGAGGAGUUACUGGCCAAUAUUAAGUGCAGCGACCAGGAAGAUGCGGAAGAGGAGGAAAAGAUGCCGGUGGAAGAGGAAAUUCCGCCACCAGAACCCAUCACAAUGGAUAGAUCGUUCAAUAGUGAAGACUCAGAUCCGCUGCAGGAAACUGUAACAACCUGCAAUUUUCCAUGGGUAUUUGAGGAAAGUGAUAUUCUGAUGACCGAUGAUCAACUAGCUGCAGAGGCCAUUAAGAAAGAGGUAUCUUCCCGUCCGGGUCCCGCUAAAAGGGGACGUGGUCGACCGCCUGUCGCAGCUGGAAACUACACAUCCCCAAAUGGUCAAAUCUGGACUUCAAACAGAGACAUCGAGAAGGCAGUCGAAGAGCUGCCGAUUUUGGGACAACAAGCCUGUGGAAAGGGUCCUGCUCGAACAAUAUCUAACGCAGUAGAAGCAUGGAUGCUUCUAUUUGAUGAUGAAAUGCUUAAAUCCCUCUUGCGCCACGCCAAUGAUCAGAUGCGUAAGCAGCGAAAUCCGCAAGGUACUUGCCGCCCUUUGGAUAUAAUCGAGUUGCGCUCCUAUUUAGGGCUGAGCUACCUCUGUGGGGUGUUCCGCAAUGCCGAGUAUAGCGGACCUCUCGAUGAGCUCUGGACAUUAGAGCUGGGCAACGCCAUUUUUCGUGCUUCCAUGACCUUGGCCCGCUUUGAGAGCAUUUCAGAGUGUCUGGGCGGUAAUUUUGGCAUGGCUGAAGCCCAGAAAAUGUGGCAACGGCUCCUCAUUAAUAGCAGAUCGUAUUAUGGCUGCAGCAGCUGGUUAACCGUUGACGAGGUUCCCUGCUCCGUAGAUAACAUGCGAUUGACCCUUUGUUGCGAUGCCAGGACUCUUUACAUGACCAAUGCGAUGGUCAACAAGCAGCAGAAGGUACCAGUUAAGGAUGUCGAAGAGCUGAUCUGUGACUUUAAGACCACGGGAAGGAAUGUAACAAUGGGAGCACGACAUUUGAACCCGGAACAAUGCGAAACGAUGGUUCAGCGGCAGCUCAGCUCACUGGGCAUGUUAAAUGAUUCCUCAUUCGACUGGCCACGACAGUGGCCGAACGAAAGUGCUCUCUAUAGUGGCCCAUCCAAACUCAUACCGUUUGACACGGAAGCUGUCUACGCUUGCGGUCUCAGCUCUCAGGUGGAUACACUUCAGGCCUAUCACAGCACCUCCCAGGCUUGCCAGCAAUUUCAUGACUUAUCUCAGCGGUACAGCACAGCCCAUGCCACUCCGCCAUCUCUCGAAAAUCAGAGCAAUCCUUUCCUGCAGUUGUUGCACCUGGUGCUCAACAAGGCAGCCGUGAACGCUUGGAUUCUACUAAGACUGGCGCCCAAGGGGGACGUGACAAUGGAGCAGCGAGACUUUCAACGGCAGCUGGGGCUCUUCCUCACGCAACAGCGUUUGCAGCGACGCCUUCAGCGAAAAUCGACUACAUCCCUGGUAACGAGACUGCAGAUCUGCGAGAUUUUGGGCCAACCGAACGAGCGCCUGCUCUUUGAAGCUGCUGGAGAGGCGAAGCGGUCUCGCAGCGUGGGUGUCCUGCACCCGGAUAAAAUGAAUCUUCCGCCGGGGGUAAGCCUGGCGAGUCGUCACGGCGACAAGCACCGUCGCUGCAAGCCCUGCACCCAAACUAAGCGCGGCACUAAAUCAAGGACACGGUGCCAACAGUGUCUUUCCCAUCGCUGUGGCAAGCACCUGAUCUCCCGCUGCUUUGAGUGCGUGGGAAUACUGCCAGAACAAAUUCCCGAGGACACUUGA